AUGGCCUCCUCGUCCUCGAACGUCGUGGGCGUGCACUACCGGGUCGGCAAGAAGAUAGGAGAGGGCUCCUUUGGUGUCAUCUUCGAGGGCACCAAUCUCCUCAACAACCAGCAGGUCGCGAUAAAAUUCGAACCUCGCAAGAGCGAUGCACCCCAGUUGAGGGACGAGUACAGGACAUAUAAGAUCCUCGUGGGCUGCCCCGGCAUUCCCAAUGUCUACUACUUCGGCCAAGAAGGCCUGCACAACAUCCUGGUUAUCGACCUGCUCGGUCCCAGCUUGGAGGACCUCUUUGACCACUGCAACCGUCGGUUCACCAUCAAGACCGUUGUCAUGGUGGCGAAGCAGAUGCUGUCGCGGGUCCAGACCAUCCACGAGAAGAAUCUGAUCUACAGAGACAUCAAGCCUGACAACUUCCUGAUCGGGCGCCCCGGCUCGAAGGCCUCCAAUGUCAUCCACGUUGUUGACUUUGGCAUGGCCAAGCAGUACCGUGACCCCAAGACGAAGCAGCACAUUCCUUACCGCGAGAGGAAGUCACUGUCGGGUACGGCCCGUUACAUGAGUAUCAACACCCACCUUGGACGCGAACAAUCGAGACGUGAUGAUCUGGAGGCGCUUGGACAUGUCUUCAUGUACUUCCUGCGCGGCGGUCUGCCCUGGCAGGGAUUGAAGGCUGCGACCAACAAGCAAAAGUACGAGAAGAUUGGCGAGAAGAAGCAGACGACCGCCAUCAAGGAGCUGUGCGAGGGCUUCCCUGAGGAGUUCAACAAGUACCUUAGCUAUGUCCGCAACCUUGGCUUCGAGGACACCCCCGACUACGACUACCUGCGUGAGCUGUUCACGCAGGCUCUGAAGAGCACCGGUGAGGUUGAGGACGGCGAGUAUGACUGGAUGAAGAUCAACAACGGCAAGGGCUGGGAAGCCAUGAAGGCACACUCCUCGGCGGCGCACCUUCACCACAACGCGAUACCUAACUCGUCUGCCCGCGAGAUCCACGGCGGCAACGCCCGCGGCUCCAAGACUCCCAUGCCCCCUGGACGCCUGGACCAGGAGCUUCCGAAGCCGGGAGCGUCUCGGGCCCCUGGAGCCGGUCAAGGAAGGCACACUUCCCGGACGGACGCGGGCAAGUACCAACCGGAACACAUGAAGCGGAAAAGCGCUGGAGACAUCCAGGCCCCCGAGGGCUCGACUGCGGCGCAGUUCCAGAACAGCCAACAAAACCUCCCCGCAAGGAUGAGCACGACGCAGAGCCCCAUGGCGGGAAACGCACAAUCCCAGCCAGCGGGCCAGAGGCCUCAACCGGCUGCUGAAGAGAAGCCAUCCGUUUGGAAGAAGAUCAUUAAUGUGCUGUGCUGCGGUGAGUGA